AUGAAUAGAGAUAACAUAGAAAAGGUUCGAGAUGGCCUUUAUCAUGCUGGCAACACUCUCAUAUUUCUUCCACCUGAUCCUUGGCCAGAGGAAAUCAGAAAAGCUCUCAUUAUUAUCACAUUUUCAAUCUUAGGAACAUAUACUCGGCUUGGUCUCACAGAUUUAACUAACUACGCCGGUUCAUAUGUGCAGGGCCCCAAUGUAUUGUGGCCAAAUUUCACAGCGUGCUUUUGCAUGGGUCUGGUUCAGGGUCUUAACAAGUAUAAGGUAAUACCUUCGUCACUAUUUGGUGGGCUUACUACAGGUUACGCAGGAACAGCUUCAUCCUUCUCCUCAUUGAUGAUGGAACUUUUCAAUCACUCCACAGCGCAAAACUCUGCAAACAUUAGUAUGGACAUUAAAUUUCCGAAUCAAGCGUACGGUAUUCUAGAGUUUUUAUCCGUCCUAACAGUCGAAUUAGGCGUUUCGAUAUGUGGGUUGGUGCUAGGAUAUCAUGUGGCUAGAGAACUCGGCAAAUAUAUGGAAGAGGAAAAGGGAAUGCCCUCUGAACUCUCCAUCAAUCUAAGUUCAUUCUUGGAUGGCGUCGAAGCAGCGGCUAUUGCUCUCGCUUUACCAUUCGUCAUCGUUCAGGUUGUUCUAGCUGCAGUCUACUCUAACUUCUCUAGAAGUUGGACUUUGUCUGCGGUAUUUGGUAUCUUUGGCACACUUGCAAGAUACUACAUUUCAAGAUGGUACAACAUUAUAUACCCGCACUUUCCAUUGGGUACUUUCAUAGUAAACGUCGGAGCUUCUAUGUUGUUAGCAGUUUUUGAAUUGCUGAUAAGGGGAAAGCUUGCAGACGGAACAAUGAUUAUAAAGUCAGUGAAUACUUCAAGAGUUGUAGGUGCAUUGGGAACAGGUUUAUGUGGUGCGAUGAGCACCAUCAGCACUUUUGUUAAUGAAGGGUACCAGUUGCCGUUGAAGCCAGUUUCUCUCUACUAUUUUGUUUCCAUCUUUAUAUCCUACAGUUUGUUCAUUGUCAUUUUGGGCUCAUAUACAUGGACAAGAGGUCUUGCAAACCCUAUCUCAUAA